AUGAACGGCCACUCUCAUGCCGCCCCCGGCAGCGAUGGCCCAGGCCCCUCGAGAGGCUCGGGCGGCUCCAACCCACCCAUCGCGGAGAUUGUGGGCUCGGCGACGGAGACGGUCGACGGUCUGAGGCUCCACUCGAUCAAGCACCUGCUCGACCAGGCACGGCAGCACUUCACCUCGGCCAAGAUGAUGCUUGGCAAUCGAUCGCCUGUCGCCGGCACCUACUGGGAAUACCUGGUCGCUUACCAGAUCGUUGCCAUCCUGAUCCCUCAGCACGCCGACUACCACGACAAGAUCGCCGGCAGCCGCAACCAGACGCACCGUGACUACAACACCCUGCUGAAGGAGAUAGCCUCGGCCGAAGACCAGUUUGUCCGCAUCAAGAACAUCAUCAAGAACGACAACCUCAGAAAUGGCGCCCACCACAGCAGAACCGAGUCCGCUUCAUCUUACAUGAGGCCAGAUUCUCGUGAUGCCAUAGUCGUGCCCAAGAGAGACGACGAGCUGAUGCUCCCAAGCGUGCCCACGUCAGCACCAGCUGGUCGAGCCUCAUCCGCAGGCUCAACCGACUCCUCGCGGAGGAAGCCAAUGCCGCAGCCAAAGCCACACUCGCUACACGGCCGUGCCGUCCACCAAAGCUCAUCGUCCAUCAACGCCGAUCUCGCCGAGCGCUUUGCAAAGCUUCGAGGCGCUGGGCCGCACGUGGACACGAGCUCAGCUCGCUCAAGCCAAGACCUGUCUGUCAAGAUGCCGUCUCCUGCAGACUACCAAUCUACCGUUCGUCUAGUCGGCCCACGAGACAUGCCCCCGCCGUCCCGACUCCCCCCGAAACUGCCACUGGACACAGCCAUGGCAGCUUCGUUCCCAAAGGAGCCCAGUCCUACAUACAGUCCCGCCCGCAAUAUCUCGCUCCCUGCAAACAUCGCCCCACCUCGAAGCACGCCGCGAAGCAUGAACGGUACGGGCGGACGCAGCAAUUCGCUGGCAGCAUCGAGUGCCUCGAGCCACGCGCCCAACCUCAACGGUACGCCAGAUUCGUACUUUCCAACACAGCAAGUGCAGCGUGCACCAGCAGCACGAACCCGGUCUGUGAGUGCUGCCACAGAGCUAGAGAUUGAUGCCGCCAAACUCUACGAUUAUUUGCGCAUGUUCAACGUGUUGGUCAUUGACGUGCGCGACCGGUCAAGCUUCGAUGCAGGGCAUAUUUACAUGCGCUCGGUCAUGUGUCUAGAGCCACCAACGCUGCAAGAUGGUGAUUCCGCAGAGCAGCUUUCAGAUCGUCUGAUCAUCUCGCCAGACGAAGAGCAGGCCAUGUUCGAAAGGAGGCACGAGUACGAUGUAGUCGUUUAUUACAACGACUCCACGAUGAACACGGACUUCCUGACAAAGCACAACCGAAACGACGACGAGGUGGCGUUGAAACGCUUGUAUGACACUCUGCACGAAUUCAAUGUGGAAAAGCCAUUGCAGCGGCCACCGAUUCUCUUAAAAGGCGGCCUCGAUGCAUGGAUCGACCUGGUUGGACCUCAAGCACUCAAGAUGUCAACAACUGCCGCACUGCUUGCCACUGGCCAGACGCGGCCGCGGGGUGUUCGUCGAGUGCCUGCUGCGACACAUGCUGCCAAGUUGAAUCUGCAGCGUCGGAGACGCGAAUACGUCCCAAUGGAUCCCGAGGAGGAGCAGAAAUGGCUUGAAGAAGCACGCAAGGGCAGAGCCAUCGUCGAGCCGCCGCCGGCAGAUGAAGACAGCGAGGAGCCUGAAUCGCCCUUCUACCGCUCAACCGAAGACUUCUUACGAAGAUUCCCUGACGUGGAAGGAGGGCAGUCCAUGGUGCAAGCGGCACCACGGCCGCCGCCAGUAGCUCAGUACGUUGCGCCAGCCAUACCAACUGCGCCGUCUCGGCCACCACCUUCGGUUCCCCGAGUCAGUUACAGUGGUGUGCAUGAGCGACAAGUUGCCCAUCAGGGCCGCAACAAUCAGCCGCCGGUAUACAUCUCGCAGCCGCAUUUCACCAAUGUCCGCAUGCACAAGACCGGGCUGAUCAACUUUGGCGUGACUUGCUACAUGAACUCGGUAGUGCAGUGUCUGAGUGGGCACCUUGCCCUUUCCGACCUGUUCUUGACUGGCCGGUACCAUCGAGACCUGCAGAGAGAAAACUGGAAGGGAACAAAGGGCAUAUUGCCCGAGGCCUACGCAACUCUGAUAUCCAACCUGUUCAAGGGCGACAUUUCUUCGGUACGCCCAAGUACAUUUAGGAGGAUCUGUGGUCACUUCAACUCGCAGUGGGGUGUUGAUCAGCAGCAAGAUGCCAAGGAGUUCCUCGAGUUCGUCCUUGACUUCAUGCACGAGGAUCUAAAUGUUACCUGGAACAAAACCCCCCUUCAGCCUCUUACAGAGCUGCAGGAGCUGCAAAGAGAGCAGUUCCCUCGACAGUACGCCGCGAAGAUCGAAUGGGCGCGGUAUCAGCAUCGAGACAUGUCCGUCAUCGGCGGCAUGUUUGCUGGUCAGCACGCUUCACAGCUAACAUGUCAGUCAUGCGGCAUUACAAGCACUACAUACGAGGCCUUCUGGAGUCUGAGUUUAGAGAUACCGCGCGACCAGGCUUGCGAUGUACGCGAUUGCCUGAGGUCGUACUGUGCUGCUGAGCGCCUGGCAGGAGAUGAGCUCUGGCGUUGCCCACGAUGCAAAAAGGAUCGUGAGGCUGUCAAGAAGAUUACGAUCACGCGAGCACCUGACACGCUCGUCGUUCACUUCAAGAGGUUCAGUGCAUCGCACAACGAGAGUGCCCGGAAAGUGCGAACUCCCAUCCACUUUCCCUUGCAAGGCCUCGACAUGGGGCCUUUCAUGGACCAACCCAUGGCACCGGAGCAAGAAGCCUACAUUGCACGGAACGCCAAAGACGGCCAGGCACAACUGGCUGCUUUGAAGGCAGACCCAACCAUGAACGGGCCGUACAUUUACAACGCAUACGCCGUCAUUCACCACAUCGGCGCCACCCUGGGAAGCGGUCAUUACACGGCUUUCGUCAAGGACAAGGCGCGGGGCUGCUGGCGAUCAUUCAACGACGACAGACUCGUCGACUUCGAGCCUGGCAACCUACAGCCAAAGGAUCGCCUGCAGAACGAUCGAGCCUACAUUGUUUUCUACGAACGCGAAAGAGUCGCCGGCGGGGCCUUUUAG